AUGGACACAUACUUGAGGCCCAAGUCCUCCAACUUCCCCGUCAUUGAUGCUCUUAUGGUGCUGGCAAUGUACCUUUUCCAGAUGACUGUGUCGGCUAUGAAGGAAAUUAAUGCUGAUGACCUCGAAGACGUGUUCAAGCGACUCGGCAUCUCUGCUCCGGGCCAGGAGGGCCGCCAACCCAGCCUUUACUUUGUGGUGGAUCCUAGCAUCUACAACAAGUUUAAGGUGCGGGCAGGAACGAAGAAGAGGAAGGCCUGUGAGGAGCGAGAGGCUGCCUGGCCGCCCGACCCCAAAAAGCAUGAGCGGUCAGCCGACACCCGGUUGUACAUUCUGCGUGGCUGUAGCAGUUGCUCACCUGGCGGGUCGACUGGAUAA